AUGAAGAGUUUUAUUUCUAUUGCAUUCGCUGCUCUGCUGGCCGGGAGUCAUGCUUCGUGUAACAGCUAUCAGGUAAAGGGGUUCACCUGGUCUGAUCUAGCGAUUGGCUCUUUCGCCCAGUAUGGCGGCAUGGCAUUCUUCCAAUUCGCCUGCAGUAACACUUUUGGUGGCAGCACUGACAAAUGUAUCACCGCUACUGCUACUCAGGAGGCUAGCUCCGGGAGCAGCGCCUCCGCACCGUCCAUUUCUACUGGCAGCGAUAUCAACGACUUCUCUGUCGCCAGUAUCAAGAUCUCGACGUCCAAAGAUACCGACUUGCUGAUCAUCUACACCGUGCCCAAUGAUCAAAAGUGCCACAAGACUGCCUCUGUCUCUACCACUGUCACUACAAUAACAAAUGACCAGUGCGGUGGUGCUAAGUCUGUCCAGUUUGCUUUGCCUAAUGAUAGCAAGGACUCCAGUGUCGAUUUUGCAAUCUACAGCAUUGACUUCGACUGCACAUCGGGGAAUACCAGUUCUGCAUCGGUCAAGCCCACUGCUUCCCUGGCGGCCCGUGGCGUUUCCCCUCGUUACUUCGAAAGCUCGUCCAUUCCUUAUAUCCCAUCUGCCACAUCAGAAUCGUCGCCUGCGUCUAUUGCGACCAGCUCCCUCGUGGUGAUUCCCGUUUCUUCGGACUCAGGGUCCUCGACCUCCAGUUCAGCCGUCCCGGUGGUCUCGGAGUCUAGCUCGCUGGCAUCUACCUCUCCAAGCUCUUCUUUGCCGUUCGUCGUUCCCGUAUCGCAGAGCUCCUUUUCAUCCAGCACCUCAACAUCUUCCGCGCCCAUCAUUCCAAUGGUCUCUGCCGCCUCGCCGGGUGUUGGCAGUAGCUCUCCUGCUGCUAGUGCUUCAGCUAGUUGGACUACUUCCACGGUUUACACGACCGAGGAAAUUACCAUCACAAGUUGUGCUGCCACUGUCACGGACUGCCCUGCGGACUCAACCAAAGUAGUUACAUCCACCAGAGCCAUCUCAACUACAGUCUGCCCCGUGACCGCGAGCGAGUCUACCCCGGCUGCUGAGUCGACUCCUGCUCCUGGCUCAAGCAGUGCCUCCCCUGCAUCGUCUCCCACAAGCCCGUCUGUUGGUCCCUCGGCUUCCUCUUCCUCUGGAUCAAUCUCGACUUCUGCUGGCUCGUCGAUUCCACUUGGCUCAUCUCCUGUCACUGGAUCAGCCUCCCCUUCCGUCAGUGCCAGUGUUCAAUGGACUACUUCGACCGUGUGGACGACUGAAGAGUUCACCAUCACAAGUUGUGCCGCCACUAUUACGAAUUGCCCUGCGGACUCCACUAAAGUGGUCACAUCCACUAGAGCCAUCUCGACCACAGUCUGCCCUGUGACUGAGACCGGUUCCGCUGCCCAGAGUUCUGCUGCGCAGUCCGCUCCUCUGCAGACUUCCUCGGUUGGUGUGAGCGGUAGCUUGCCUGCCAGCUCUCCUGCCAGUUCGCCUGUGAGCACACCUAGCUCCCCUGGUGCCACCCCAUCUGCCGGUCCGUCUGGAUCCUCUCCAGUCACUGGCCCCUCUGGAUCCUCACCAGUCACUGGCUCUGUGACAUCGUCGGCCAGUGCUUCGUCGUUCACGACCUCCACUGUGUUCACGACUAGCGAGUUCACUGUCACGAGUUGUGCAGCAACAAUCACUGAUUGUCCUGCGGAUUCGACCAAGGUGGUUACCUCCACCAUCGCUCUGUACACCACAGUGUGCCCUGUGACUGCGACGGAGACCUCCACAGGCCAGAUUUCUUCUGCGGAGUCGACUGGAGUGCCGUCCACUCAAUCCAGCCCUAGCGGUAGCUUGCCUGGUUCUUCCUCCGCUAUUCCUUCUGGCUCUUCUCCGGUCACUGGCUCCUCCAGCUCAUCUACUGCUGAUACUACUCCUGUUGGUCAGACUCCUACUGCCAGUCCUUCCGUCGGUCGACCUUCGGCAUCUUCUCCCGCUGGAUCAGUCUCGAGUUCUGCUGGGUCGCCGAUUCCUUCUGGCUCAUCCCCAGUCACUGGAUUCAUCACAUCUAGCAGUGUUUCUCAGUGGACGACAUCUACGAUCUACACGACCAGCGAGGUUACGAUUACCAGCUGUGCUGCCACUGUCACGAACUGUCCGGCCGACUCUACCAAGGUGGUCACUUCGACUAUUGCCAUCCGGACUACUGUUUGCCCUGUCACCGAGACAACAUCUUUUGAGUCGACUUCGGCGCCGUCAGUUGGAGCCGGUCCUAGUGGAAGCUUGCCUGCGACUUCUUCUGCCGUUCCAUCAGGCUCGUCGCCUGUCAGUGGCUCUAUCAGUAUAUCCACUGGUGGGACUUCGCCGGCUAGUGAGACUUCUCCAGCCAUGUCGACCUCGACUGGCCCCGCCGGAUCUUCUCAGGUCUCAGGUUCCACCACGCCAUCUGCUAGUGUUUCAAAAUGGACCACAUCUACUAUCUACACGACCAGCGAGGUGACUGUUACUAGCUGCGCUGCCACUGUCACGAACUGUCCCGCGGACUCUACAACGGUGUACACUUCCACAAUUCCAGUCCGGACGACUGUCUGUCCUGUUACUGAGACCUCUGUAGGUGAGACUUCUCCCGCUGGCAGGACUAGUACUGUGGCCCAGACUAGCCCAGCUGGUGAGACCACCCCUAUUGAGUCAGGAUCUGCCACAUCGACCUCGGCUGAGUCUAGCCCUGCCGAAUCAAGCCCUGUCGAGUCGACUUCUGUCGGUCCCUCUGGCUCUUCACCGGUCACUGGUACCAUCACAUCUUCUGCGAGUGUUUCGCAGUGGACUACAUCCACGAUUUAUUCAACCAGCGAAAUCACUAUCACUAGCUGUGCCCCAACAGUUACCAACUGCCCAGCUGACUCUACUAGAGUGAUCACCUCCACUGUUGCCAUUCGAACCACCGUGUGUCCUGUCACGGAGACUACGUCGGCCGAAGAAACCUCUACGGCUGCUCAGACGUCUCCAGUUGUCCAAACCUCUUCGGUCACUGCAACUUCCUCUUCCACGGCUACAGUGACUCUUCCCGAAGGAACAUCUGCUGUUCCCAGUGGCUCGUCACCGGUCACCGCGAGCUCCUUAGUUCCAUCUGGUGGUAGUUCGUCAGUACCGCAAGAAUCUACAGUCACCGAAGUCACCUACACCACCACGACUGUGUGCCCAGUCACUGCCACCGUCAGCUCGGGAUCGUCAUACUAUGUCACUACAUCUACCACCUUGUCAACGAUCGUCGUGACCUCGGCCUCAACUAUCCCGGUUGUUGCUACUACUUCCGUCAUCGAGACAACUGUUGCUGAGACAAGCACUGCAUCCAUAAGCGGACCUUCUGGUGUUAACCCUGUAUCUACACCCGUACCCGGUGAUCUGACUACCACCAUUGUGACUUACACCACCGUGACUACCUGCCCUGUUACAAAUACAGUCACUUCUGGUGGAUCGACCGUACUUGUGCCCACGACGACUGUUUCUACCAUUGUGGUAACUACGGCUUCUACUAUCCCAGUGGUUGCGACCACUUCUAUUACCGAGACAACCGCUACUGAGACUGGCCUUACACCCACGGUGGGUCCCUCUGGUGUCAUCCCUGGAUCUAGUAUCGUUCCCGAGGAAUCUAGCACGACCAUUGUGGUUUACACCACCGUCACCACCUGCCCUGUGACCAACACCGUUACUUCUGGUGGAUCUACUAUCCUUGUUCCCACCAGCACUGUUUCAACCGUCGUUCUCACCUCCACCUCCGUCAUUUGCACCAAGUGUUCCGCCGGCGCAACUGGCAUUCCCGAGACCAUAAUCGUCACCGGUGGCACAGGAACCUUGGCAACCUCGAGCCCAGCUCCAUCCUCUCCUUGCCCCAGCACAGUCCCCCAGUGCAUCAACACGUGGCUCAGCGUGGUACCAAAGUGCAAAGACAACAGCGAUGCCAAGUGCUAUUGCCCCAACAAAGAGUUCACCGAAAAAGUCAUCUCCUGCAUCGAUGCAUGGGGAACAUCCAAGUCCGAGAUCACGUCCGCGCUAUCCUACUUCACCGGAAUCUGCGCAGCCUGGGUCCCCCAGAACCCCGGCAUCGUGACUGGCAUUCCUUCGACCAUCACCUUGGUCCCGACGAUCUCGAUCAGUGGCAGCGCAGGUCUUCCAACCGGGAGUGUGACCUCUGCUCCUAAAGUCCCCUGCACUACCAUCACUUACUCGACUUACACCAUCACCGUGCCGCAGGUCAGCUUCGUGACCGCAACCGUCACAGGUUCAUCCUACAUCACCCAAACAGUCGGCCUGGUCCCUGUCGGUCCGAGCAGCGCUCGACCAUCCUGGACAGGCCGAAUCCAGUGCCCCACGCUUCCUCUUCUUCAAAAAUAG